UUGAUCAAGCAUGAGUGGAUAAUUAUACACACUCCUUUGAUACCGUUUAGCUGUUUUUUUUUAAUUUUAUAUCAUCAAAAUAAUGGAACCAGUUUUUUAAUUAUAUUUAUUUUCACUAUUGGAAAUGAGAGCAACUCUCUCGUUUACACUGUUGUUUCUGUUGGUAUCAACGUGCUUUGUUCUAGGCAAUCCAAAAAAAAAAAACAAUAAGUUGAAGUUAAAAGUUGGAAAAGAAGCAAAAUCUCCAGCUUUUUCAGAAGCUGAAGGAAAAAAAGAAGCAAAAAAACGUCCAACAACCGAUGUUGAUCCCAAAGUUGCUGAACGUAAUGAGACUGUUGACAAGCAAACGCAUCAACCAAAUAGAACACUAGAAAGUGGAAGACCACCAAGAUAUCCUUUAAAACCUUUCUCAGCUGAAGUAACUGCACACCAAGAUGAAAUUGGUGGCUGUAAAGAUCAUUCUGCUGCAAAACAUAUUUGUACACGAUGUGCUGAUAAAUGUUUCGCUCCAGAGCAUGAAGUAUUUGCAUAUUCAUAUUGCAGAAAAUCAUGUGGUCUUUGUGAUAUUAAAACUAGCCAAUUUCAUACAUAUUGGCGCUUACGUGCUGGUUCACAAUUUGAUCCAACAUGGAUGUUAACAAAAGUAGAAUGGUAUGCAAAUGCAAAUCAAAACAUUUCACUUGUAGAUAACAGUUCUCGUGCAUAUGCAAGUAGUUCAUUUCCAGGAUUUGAUGCUCAUUAUGCUAUGGAAGAUAAUCUAAACACUUCAUGGUAUCCAAGUGGAUGGGGUGUGCAUGAUAACAAUGACGAUUGGAUUGCCUAUGAAUUUAAAGUUGCUGUUAGAAUCCAAGCUGUUAGAAUGGUUUUGUCAAGUGCCACCUAUGCUCCAAAAAAAAUAUUUGUUGAAGCAGCUGAUAACAAGUUUGGACCAUUCCAAACUAAAUGGAUGAUACGAAAUCCAAAUUCUAUUCUUGAUCAAGUUUACCAAUAUCAACAAUGCCCAGUGCUAUGGAAAAAGUUAGAAACUGAUAAUGGAGUUUGGUGCUAUAGAGUUAUUUCAAAACUUAGAACCUGGAAAGAGGCUGAAAAAACAUGUGAAUUAGAGGGUGGUAAAUUGGCCAGCAUUAUUUCUGAUGAUGAAAGAAAUUUUAUUGCAAACGUUAUUCGACCAUGUGGUUUUACUUGGAUUGGAUUAAGUCAAACUAAUCAUGCUUAUUUAUGGUCAGACAAUCUAGAUGGUUCUAAAAAUUGUCCAGCAAGAGCAGACUAUAGAAAUUGGAAGAAAGGAAUGACUUAUAGUGAUGUUCAAAAAGAUUUAUUAAACUGUGUUGCCAUUGAUGAAGAAGGAAACUGGCUUAGUUUUCACUGCAGCAAUAAAUUUUAUUUUCUGUGCAAACAAGAAUUGAAGCCUCGUGUAGAUCCUCGCCCAGAUUUAGUUGUACAGAAUAACCCUACAGAACCAGAGAUACCUCCACUUAUAUUUAUUUAUCCAAAUAUCACUGUUCCAGUGGUGAACACUCUGAAAUUGGAGCCUGGAGUUUUCCCAGAUGAAAAUGGAAAUGUUGAGGUAGAAGAAGAAGAAGCUGCAGAUGUUAAUGAAUUAUUAUAUGAUCAAACAGUGGCUCACCUUAAGCAAGAAGGGAUUGAACCAUGGGAAGCUCUUGCUAACGAUCCAAGAAUCGAUGAAGCACAGUACAUGUUAGAGCUAAAUCGUCUAGCUAUUAAUGCUGCGUUGAAUAACAGUGACUCUUACAAAAAUGAAACAUAUGCUGAUAAUACAAAGGAAGGAUCACCUGAAGCUCUAAAGAUUCAACAAAAAAUUGAACAUAAGCAAGAGUACCAAGAAACAACAGAUCAAAAUCAAGCUGCAUCUCAAGGUUUUGAAAACUUUAAUGUUCAGUCAAGCAAAGCUCUCCCUGUUGUUGGUCCACCAAUUAGUGCUCCUGUUGGAACAAAUGGAAUGGGAAGUAUGCCAAAUAUUAUUGGUGGAAAACCAGUCUAUGAACCAGCUCAACCAUCCAGCAAUGAAAAUCUUUCUCAAAAUGCUGGUCCAGUAGCAGCAAGUAUGAACAAACCAUCUCAGUCUAACAUACCUGCUUUACCUUCAACUGUAUCUCAAAACGAAAUUCACAGCAAUAACAACCAAACUCCUGGAUCAUUACCUCCAAGUGCAGACAAUCAGCCAACAAAGCCUGUUCAAACUUUGCCACAAACAAACCCAUCUCCACCUCCUAUCCAACCAGUUCCAAGCAUUAACUUGCCACCAACAUUACCACAACAACUACCAAAUCAAUACCCAACUCAACCUGUUCAAUCUCCAACAGUACAAGCUGGAGAAAAACCUAAAGAACCCUCAACUCAGUCUUCUAAUAAUAACAGCAAGCAAUCUAGUCAGCCAUCAGAACAAAAUAAAACUAAUGAGCAAAGUUCUUCUGAUAAAGAUAGCUCUGAAAAAGAAGAAGAAGAAAGUGAAGAAAGUGAGAGCGAUGAAGAGAACACUGAUGACAAAGACAACUCAGAUGAAGAAGCCCCUAAACCUAAUCAAAGCCAACCUCAGCAAGCUACAACUUCAAAUGCCCCACAACCUAGCAUAAACCAACCUCAUCAGGCCACUGGUGGAUGGAAUAGUCCUCAGUCACCUGCAGGAAUGGGUGCAAGUCCAAAUAUGAUCUCUUCACCACCUUCACCACCAGCACCUAAAGAAGGAGACAAUGAUGAUGACUCAGAGCCUAGCAUUGGUUCCCCAUCAGAUGUUAAAGUUAACAAAAAGAAAAAGAAAAAGAAGCCAACAAAGCCAGGUGGUGAUGUCAAUGGAGAAGAUGGUCGAUUAAACCAACAAACAGUUAAAAAACCAAUUGACUUAAAACAAGAGAAAGAUGAAGAAUCAGAAACAGUGGAUGAAUCUGAUACUACUAUUGGUGGAAUCAACAAGAAUAAAAAGGCAAAACCAGGAAGUGGUAGAAAAAAAAGCAAAGCUAAACAUCAGAAGAGGACGAAGAGCGCAAAAAUGGUAAAAAAAGAUCAACAAAAAAAAACUACAGUUGAACAAACUAAUGACGAUAUCGAAAGUGGUUAUGGAAAUGAUGGCAGUGAAGAUGACUUAGACGACAUCUUUCAAACAAUCAGUGAUAAACUUUAAUAAUCGAGAAGAUGAAAUAAUAUCUUCGUUUAGUAAUAUAUAGUAAAUAUAAAAUAGUAAAUUAGGCAAAAUAAAUAUAUAAUUUUAUAUAACCUAAGUUUAUUAUUAAUGUUUUCUAAUAUAUACUUUUCGCUGAUGUAUAAAAUUAUUAUUUGAAUGCUUUGAACAACCUACACUUGGUCAGAUGUUAUUACUUUUUGGCUAAUAAAAUACAAAUUUUAGUGCAAAUUGUAAAUUAGAUUAUAUUGAAAUUACAGACGUUUUUACAAGCACAUAACACGUUCACACUAUUGUAUUAUAUAUUAAUAAAGGCGCUUUGGGAAUACUAAUGAUUAAUUUAAA